AUGGCCGGCAUGGAGCCGGUGCCGCGGCAGCGAUGGCUCAUCGCGGCUGCUCUCGCUAGGACGGAGGCGGCUGCUCCGUGCCCGGCACCGUUCCCGCCCGUGCGGCACCGGGCUCGGGGCCGCUGCUCGGGCGGGAGCGGCGACAGCGCAGCCACAGCUGCCACCGCCCUCCUGAGCCCCCUCGGCCGGCACCAGCAGCGACCUCUCUUCGUGUCCCUUUCAGGGUGCCAUCAGCGCGGCUGCAAAGCUGUUCCCGAGGCCGAGCUCCCAAAAGAACUGUCAGCAUUCCUGAUGUCUCGAGAGCAAGGUGCUGCUUCUUCCAGCCAGAGAGAUGACACCUCUGAGCAGAAGAAGAGAGAGUUCUGCUCCAUGAGAGGAGUUGAGAAUGAGCAUCUCCAGGAGGAACCAGCAGCCGCACUUCCACACUUGCCUGGGGCCCAAGAAGCCUCUUGGCAUAAGCAGGGGGAUGCCACUUGUGAGCGUGCAGUGAGUGCAGAUGUGGAGAAUGGAUUCUGCACCAGGGACGGGAGUGUGAGGGAGCCCCUGGCUCCCCAGGGCACAGCAGCAAUGGGCAAUGAACAGAGAGGGAAUCUCAGAAGAUUCCUGGGUGAACGGUUCAGGUGCCAUCCCGUGGGCACGGCGGUGCUGAUUCUGCUGCUCCUGGUGCUGGUGCUGGCUUUGGGGGCGGCCUUGGCUGUGCUGGCAGCACCACAGGUUCCAGUCACACCUGCGACACCGCUGGUGGUUCUGGGCUGUCCCCGUGGCUGGGUGGGCUACAAUGGGGUCUGCUACUACUUCUCACGGGAUUACAGCACGUGGGAGCAGGGUCAGGAACGGUGCUCCGAGCUCAAUGCCUCCCUGGCCAUUGCCCAGGAUGAGGAGGCCAUGGUGAGUGAGGGGCUGCGGGCGCUGUGGGGUGGCUGAGGGCAGCCUGGGGGCGCUCCUGGGCCGGGCUCGGUGCUCGCAGGGCCGGGGCUGCAGCCCUGGGCCGGGGCCUUGCAGGGAAGGAGCCCCGGCGUGCGGGGGCAGCCCCGGGCACGUGUCCCCCCGAGGGGCCGGGGCAGCUCCCACUCCUCUCUCCCGGGCAGGAUUUGCUCUUCCGCCUCCGCGGGAACGGCGAUUUCUGGCUCGGGCUGCGCAGACGGGGCGAGCGCCUGCACUGGGGGGACGGCAGCAGCUACAGCUCCCGGGUUCCUGUCCUUGGCACUUCCGAGUGUGUGUACCUGGCUGACGAUAAAUUCAGGAGUGAGUUCUGCUCCAAUGAGCGGCCGUAUGUCUGCAGCAAGGCCCAAGCUCCCCUGUAACAGGGGCUGUACAAAGGACCUUCUCCACGCUGGGCAGUGCCAGCUUCACCUCUGAGCCCAGCACAGCGCUGUCCUUCCUCAGCUGCGCCCUGUGCCUUGCACUUGCUCUCAGGGUCACCUCAGUGCCUCUUCAUCCCCGGUGCCAGCGCUGGGCUGGGGCUGCAAAGGAAAAGUCUCUGCAAUCCAUCCUGCCACCGAUGCUGCCUGCAGUGAGGGCAUUGCCCUCACGAUACAACAAGCUCCAGUGGGGAAUCCAAAUUGGCCUGGGGUCUUGGAAAUCAUCACCAACUGGCCAGAAUGGGACAGUUUUGGACUGUUUUUGGAAGAGGAGGAAGAACUGCUGACACGUGCUAAGCAGGCAUCCAACUUUCAGCAUCAGGCGCCUGACUGUGGAGAAUAGUCUGUUGUCUGUCUGUCUGUCUGCUGGGAAGGAUCUGACUGUCCUUCUGUGGGAGGAAUCCCAGGGUGGAGCAGGACAAGGAUUUGCCUCUCCGAGGGAGAAGCAGUGACAUGACGUGACUGUAACCCCCAUGCCUCUGUGCCGCUGUGUGGGGAGGAGGGAGGAGGGAGGAGAGGGAAUUGGGGAUUAAGUGAAGCCUAGGAAGGAGAGAACAGUGUGGGGAAGGUGCAUUUUUAAGAUUUGUCGUGCUUCUCAUUCCCUUGUUCUGAUUUGUUUGACAAUAAAUUCAAUUAAAAAUAAUGUCCCUAGUCCGGGCCUGUUAUGCCCAUGA